CGUCGGUGACUUACUACGCAACGGUUGUUGGCGUGGGUGCCGCUCUUCGAAAACAUAUUCAAAUAAACAACAACAGUAAUAGCGUUGUGAGGCAUAAUAAAACCGCAGUCGAACCGUAAAAGCUCUGGUAACUUGAGCUCCCCAAAAACCACAGAGAGGCACAGGCAAACAAGUUGCUCAGCAAGGCAGUUGACUUCGUUUACAUUCACAUUACCUUAAAAAAAAUAAAACAAAACUAUCUGGAAAAUGUACCGCGCUACGGAAAUUGGCAGCGAGGAAACUUUGCCAGCACUGGCGGGACUCACACAGACAUCGGCUGAUUCCUUAACUGAUUUCGGGGAAUAUGCUAAGCUGAGGAAACCCCGCAGCUCUCUUCCCAACUAUGGAUUCGCGCCCAUAUCCAAUAUACGCCUCGAGUACAAAUAUCCACGUGCCGUCUGCUUUAUACUAGCAACCAAGUUCUUUGAGGCCUUUGCGGCAAAUGGCAUGCGCACAAUACUGGUGCUGUUUUUGCGCGAUGAUCUCACCUUUACGGAAAGCGAGUCCACGAUUGUGCUGCACAUUUUCAACUUCUUUGGACAAUUCUGUCCGAUUAUUGGUGCCAUCGUGGCAGAUAGUUACAUUGGCAAUGUACGCACCAUAUCCGGAUUUUCCUUUCUUUAUGCCACUGGCUGGGUGCUGCUAACCAUGACAUCUGUGCCAUAUGCUGGCAUGCCCGUCACAGCUUUCUUGCUGAUAUCCAUCUCCCUUAUAGCUGUUGGCAAUGGAUCUGUGCGUGCUUGCAUCACUUCCCUGGGCGCACUUCAGUUUAAGCUGCCCGAGCAGGCCGCUCAGUUGGCUGAAUAUUUCUCUUUCUAUUAUUUCGUCUACUAUUUUGGCAUAUUUCUUAGUAAAAUUCUGCCUCCAAUGGUGCGUGCGAAUACCCAGUGCUUUGAGAAGACCACCUGCUAUCCAGCUGUAUUUGGAACACUUUGCAGCGCCUUCAUGGUUUCGUGGAUCAUCUUUCUGAUUGGGAAAUGCUUUUACAAGAAGGAAAAGCUAUCCGGGGAUAAUAUUCUUUUCAAGUUAUGUGGCUGCAUUAAGGUUGCACUGCUUCAGAAGUGGCGACGUCGCAACUCCGCCAAGCGUUGCAAUUAUUGGCUACACAAUGCUGUCGGCUCAUAUGAUGCACAUUUUGUGGACGACGUAUCCAAAGUCUUACGCAUUAGCAAGCUCUUUAUUCCACUGCCCAUUUACUUUGCCCUGCUCGCGCAGCAGGACUCUAGUUGGACCUUUCAGGCGACCAUGAUGAAUACCACGGUGUUGGGUGUCACCAUUGAACCGGAUCAGGCGAAGGCAGUGGGUCCCAUCUUUUUAUUUAUGCUCAUUCCGCUUUGGCAAUAUGUGAGUGCUCCGUUAUUGCGCCGAUGGUUCCACUGGGAGCUGCAGCCGCUGCAUAGCGUGACAGUUGGUGGAAUUUGCUCAGCUGCCGCCUAUUUUAGCGCCGGAGUCCUUCAGGCUCGCAUUAUGGAAUUACCCACUGGGAGCAUCAAUAUUUCCUGGCAACUGCCUCAGUUCCUGCUACUUAUGAUGGGCGAAUUACUGCUCUCGAUUCCAGGACUGCAGUUUGCAUUUACUCAGGCACCAUCCUCGAUGAAAUCAGUGGUCACCGCCGCCUGGUUUUUGAAUAAUGCCUUUGGCAAUCUUAUUGUUGUGCUAGUCACCCAGUUGGAUACAUUCAACUCCCAAAAAGACGAGUAUUUCUUCUAUGCAGUGGUGAUGCUGGUCUGCAUCAUUAUCUUCGCCAUGCUGGCCUAUGAUUACCGCUUGCAGGAGCGUAAGAGUAACUUCCAUGCCAGGGACUUGGAGAUCCUGCUACCCAACCUGCAUGACAAUGCGCCCAGUUCCAGUAGCCAGAGCGUCAGCGUAUAAUAAAUAGCACUAGGAAUUUUUCACUUUCAAUUGAUUUUGAUAUGUAUUAAAAAUCGAAUUCGAACUGAUAAAUUAAAAAAUGAGAGCACUUUGAAUAAAAACGGGUCCGAUUUUAUUGAAUUACUACGUACAUGAUUAAUAUUUAUGUAUGAUGUAUUAUUAAAGAGCUCUCUUAAUUUUAAGUAUACCACACACUUUGUUAAGAUUUUUAAUGUAUUGAAUUGCCCAAGAAAUGCAAAACUUAUGUAGAACACAUUGGAAAACAUAUUUUAAUAAAUCGAAAAAACAAAAAAUAAAAUAAAA